UAUCGAUAUUGAAUUCCAUGAACGCAUAAAUCCAAUAGUAACAGCAAAUAUUUAUGUUAAACCUUUAGAAAAGUUUGGAUCACUACAGUGGAUGAUUUCAAACCUGUGACACAAUAUUGAGCAUAACUUAAGGUAAAACAUGGCAGUGUCAGGAAAGAAAGCUUCAAAACAAUUUUCAUCAUCUACAACAUCCAUGGCAUCAGAUGAAGAUCUUCAAAUUUACUGCCAGCCUUGUGACGAGGAAGGACCAAGACUCCCUGCACAUGGUUACUGUACUGACUGCAAGGAACACCUUUGCCACACAUGCUUUACAGCCCAUAAAAUAAAUAGGCUUUCUAAACACCAUACACUUAAGGACGCUACUAAUAUGCCUAAAGUUUUGCAGCAACCCUCAACAUCCAUACACACAGGUCAGUCUAAUGUCCUAACCACAUCAUGUCUGAAACAUCCACAAGAAAUUCUCAAGUUCUACUGCAAUGACCAUACAGAAUUUCUGUGCAGUGUUUGUGUUACCCUUGAACAUCAAGUUACUUCCUGCAAAGUCAACUAUAUACCAGACAGUUCUGGUGAUAUUAUAGACAGCAAAGAAUAUCAAGUUAUCUUGAAUGCAGUAAAUACCACUUCCGAGAAAUUUCAACAGAUGGUAGAAGAUGUCAAGAACAUGAUAUACAAAUCAAAUAGCUCUCUCAAAGAUGCAUUCGUUGACAUUAAAAAGUUUCGGCAAGAAAUCAACCAAAGACUAGAUGAACUUGAGAGACAGGCUGAAGAUGCAGCUAAAGUCAUAGAACAAGAUAACAAAAAACAUCUGAAAGCAGUAGAAGAAAUUUGCGAAGAUAUAACCAAAUCUUUGAAGAUAUCAGCAGACAAAAUCAAACAACUUAACACAUCAAAACAGGCCAACAAACUUUUCAUGGAACUUAAACUUGCAGAGAAAACAAUACAGAAUGUGGAGGGAAAAGCACAACAACUUUUAUCAUAUGAUAUCAAAGAGCACAACUUUCAAUCAAAUGAUGUAAUAUUAAAUUUGUUUAAAAAAAAGAAGUCACUGGGUACACUGAAAAGUUUUAAUAAAAAACGUCAACCUAUACAAAUUAAAUCUAGACAGUCUUCACAUGAGGGACAAUUCCGUGUGAAGACAUCAAAAGAUGAAUAUAAUUGCAAUAUAACAGGAAUGACUCUGCUGGCUCCUGAUCUUCUUAUCAUCACUGACCACUAUAACAAUGCCAUAAAGAUGGUGGAUACCAGCAGUAAAUCUGUGUUUGAUCAACUACAACUAGAUGCUGGACCAUUGGAUAUCACCAGAGUAACCAGUACUGAACUUGCUGUCAUACUUCCUAACAUACAAACAAUACAAUUUAUAUCAAUCUCAUCAAACAAACUUGUAAAGAAGCACGCAGUGAAGGUUGAUGUUGACUGUCAAGGUAUAAGCUGUUACCAAGAUAAACUUGUUGUGUCAUUCCUUAAUCCUGCAAAACUUCAGAUACUUGAUAUGAAUGGCACUAUACUGACAACAAUUGAUGGAAAUAAUAUUUUCAGAUCUCUAGGUGAUGUCAUCAGUAACAGAAGUUCUAUCUAUGUAUCUGACUUAGGCAUGAAGACAGUAACAAGAUUAAACUGGCAGGGUGAUGUGAUAGGUAGUUAUAGUGGUAUGAGUUACCCUAGAGGAAUGUCACUGUCAGAUGAUGGUAAUGUCUUUGUUUGUGAUUAUGACAGAAAUGUUGUAGAAGAGAUAUCAGGAGACUGUUCAACAGGAAAUGUGGUUCUGCAAGACCUGAAGGGACCAGUGGCUGUAUGUUGGUGUGGAGAAACAAAGAAGCUGUAUUAUAGCUGGGAUUCACUAGACAACUUCCUUUACAUCUAUAAACUGUCGUAGAACAAUACAAUCUUAACUGUAUUAUCAAAAUAAGUUAAUACCUAAUUCACUGCAUGUUUGUUCUUUUUCGUACAUUAAAGUGGAUAGAUCUAUAAUGAGCACAUUUUCCAUUAGUGUUUUAAAAAUCAAUGAAAACAAUAGGAAUGUAUCAUUUGGAAAUUCUCUUAAAACAUUGCUUGGGGAAAAAAGGGUUGUUAAUGUUCUAAGUAGUAUACAAAAUGUACAUAGUAUUAAACAUUUAUAUGAUGAAUAAUAAUAUUUUGUUAUAGAACAUUUUUAUUAUCUGCAAUAUAAAUAUAUAUGUAUUAUAGGAUCAUGUGUCUUACACCUGCCAACAACAUCCAUAAAUGAUUCUAUUGUGGUUUGUUGAAAUAUCUGAUAAUAAAUACUAUCAGCAUAAUUAUUUUUUGUAUUACAGACCAAACAUUAUAGACCGAUUCAUUUUAAGUCAUCAAAAAUAAAAUUGAAUUUUG